GUUGGGAUGGAGACAGAAGGUUUUGCAAUUUAUGAUGCUAUGAUGCAAUUAAAGAAUGAGAUACAUACGGUUGCUGUUGGAGCUGCAAUAGGUCAGGCAUGUCUCUUACUUGCUGCAGGAACUAAGGGCAAGAGGUUUAUGAUGCCACAUGCCAAAGCCAUGAUUCAACAGCCCCGAGUUCCAUCAUCUGGUUUAAUGCCGGCCAGUGAUGUUCUUAUUCGUGCAAAGGAGAUAAUAAUUAACAGGGAUACCCUUGUCGAACUUAUUGCUAAGCAUACAGAAAAUUCAGUAGAGACUGUUGCUGACGUGAUGAAAAGACCAUUUUACAUGGAUUCUACGAGAGCUAAGGAAUUUGGUGUCAUUGAUAAGAUACUUUGGCGUGGUCAGGAAAAGAUAAUGGCAGAUGCUGCCCCACCUGAGGAAUGGGACAAGAAUGCUGGCAUCAAAGUCCUUGAUGCAAUUUAAUUGUUUUCCAGGAAAAUAAUUGUGUGAGUAUACUCAUUUACUAACAUUUAUUUUUGGUUUGUUGAGGAUUAUAUAUGGAAUAUUGUGUAGGAGAGGGAUUAUACAUAGGAGGAGACUUUAAUGGCCACAUAGGGAAAGAUUGAGAGGGAUAUGAGGGGGCACAUGGUAGACAUGAAUUUAGAGGUAGGAACAGUUUGGAGGUUCUAUCUUAGAUUUUGCUAUUGCAUACGAUUUGAUGAUCGCAAAUACGUUUCUUAGAUAGAUCAUGUAAGGACUGCAAGGUUUUUCCGACGGAGAGUUUCAC